AUGUCUGAUCUGUGGGAUCAACUGGCUCUUACUGAAUCUAAAGAGUUAAAAGAUUUCCAGCCUUACAUUGCUAGGAGGGAAGAACAACACUUGGUCCAGUUCUUGACGGCCUUGCGUUCUGAUUUUAAAGGCCUACGUGGAACCAUUCUUCAUCGCUCUCCUCUUUCAUCAGUGGAUUCUGUUGUCCAUGAGUUAAUUGCAGAAGAGACCCGUAUCAAGUCUCAUGCGGAUAAAGGUUUUAAAACAACCUAUAUUCCCACUCCCGCUCCUGCUGUGCUUGCUGUUUCCUCCAACCAGUCUCGACAAACUUCAAGGGUUGCUCAUGAUGAGUGUGCAUUCUGCAAACAGAAAAAUCAUUGGAAAGCUCAGUGUCCAUUGUUAGUUAACAAGGGUAAAUCUGGUCAACCUCAGUCAGGGCAACAAAAUAGGUUUGGUCAACAGAAUUUUCAGCCACAUUCCUCUGGUACUCCUCCAUGGACCUCUCGUCCUUUGCAGUUUGCUGUUGCUGCUGUUCCACCAGUUGACACAGAAUCUGUUGGAAACAUGCCACCAUCAACAUUGGAUCCCAAAGUGUUUGAGAGUUUCAGACAAUAUUUGGCCUCUAAUCCCACUGCCAUGUCUGCAUUUAUGGAUCAGUCUGGCCCUUCUUCAUCUGAUACAUCAAGUAUUCCCUCAUCUUUGUGGAUUUUAGAUUUUGGUGCAACUCAUCAUAUGACUCCUCAUUUGUCAUCAUUUGUUUCUUUGUCGCAAGUGUCAUCUAUUUAUGUUAAGUCUGCUAGUGAUACAUCUAUGCUAGUUGAGGGUGUUGGGUCUGUCUUUGUUUCUCAUAUCACUCUUCCUGAUGUUUAUUACAUUCCCAAACUUACUUUGAAUCUUGCCUCAGUUAGUCAGUCUGGUAACUGGGUGUUCUUUUCUGAUUCUGUCUGUGUUAUACAGGAUCAACACACCCAGAAGGUGAUUGGGAUCGGCCGUAGGGUGGGAGAACUAUAUGUCUUGGAGGUCCUCAAAGUAUCUGCUGUUGCUGCUUCCAGCAUUGAUUUAUCUUCUUUUUGUUUGAGUCCUUUGUCAUAUGAGUUUUAUCUUUGGCAUUCUCGUUUGGGACAUGUGUCUGUAUCACGUUUGAAUUUUUUAGCAUCUAGUGGUGUUUUGGGUCAUUUAAACUCUUGUGAUAUUUUUUAUUGUAGUGGUUGUAAACUGGCAAAAUUCUCUGCUUUACCCUUCAAUAAAAGUAUGUCUUGUUCUACUGCUCCUUUUGACAUUAUUCAUUCUGAUGUGUGGGGUCCUGCACCAGUAUCCACAAAGGGUGGGUCAACCUAUUAUGUAUCUUUUAUAGAUGAUUAUACUCGAUAUACAUGGGUUUAUCUUAUGAAACAUAGAUCUGAUUUAUUUGAUAUUUACAGCAAUUUUAGAGCUCUUGUUAAAACUCAACAUUCGGCUGUGAUUCAGUGCUUCAGGUGUGACUUAAGGGGUGAAUAUACCUCUAAUGAUUUCACUCAGUUACUUGCUUCUGAUGGUACCAUACACCAGUCUUCGUGUACUGACACACCUCAUCAAAAUGGUGUUGCAGAACGAAAACACCUUCAUAUUGUUGAGACUGCCCGCUCAUUGCUUCUGUCUGCACAGAAGGGAUACUGUUGCUAUGAUCCUGUGAGUCAGAAGUUAUAUGUUUCCCGACAUGUUACUUUUUUGGAACAUAUUCCUUUCUACUCAAUCCCUGUUACAGCCAACAAUGUAACACAGUCCGAUCUUCUGCAUAUUGAUCCUUUUGAUGAAGAUAUAAAGGCUCGAUAUUCAUCUAUGUCACAUGAUCCCUCAGCUCAUGACACACCCACCUCUUCGGAGGGUGCCUCGUCUCCACCUGUUUCUGAGACUGAUCCUCCGAUUAUUGAAAUUGAGGAUCCACCUCCACCACCACCCCUCAGGAGAUCUUCUUGUCCCGUCAAAUCCACCAAGCUACCAGAUUUUUCUUACUCUACAUAUUCAGGACCGUUUGCUUCAUUUAUAGCAAGCAUUCAUCAUCUGUCUGAACCUGAAUCAUAUAAAGAAGCUGUUUUAGAUCCUCUUUGGCAGAAUGCUAUGGCUGAAGAACUCACUACUCUCCAUCAGACUCAUACAUGA